AUGGAUAGGCCUGUCGGUGAUAAACGCUACGAGCCAAUCCUCAACCCUCAAGUUACAACUCCUCCUCCUGCUCCUUCAGUGCAGUACACACAACCUCAGUCCAUUAACAGUCCUGUCCUGUCUCUCCCAGCACAUCACAAGCCUGCGCUCUCUGAAGUUAACUCCGUGUCUGACCCUCCUCCACCUCAGAAUAAGCCAGCAAUUUUCAGAUCCUCUCGAGAGGACACUGUGCAGUCCACAUUUUAUCCUCAGAAAAGCUUCCCUGACAAAGGCCCCGUCAAUGGAACUGAGCAGGUUCAGAAGACAGUCGCUCCUUCUUACAACCGCUUUACAACAAAACCUUACACUAGUGCCGCAAGGCCCUUUGAGCGCAAGUUUGAAAGCCCUAAAUUCAACCAUAAUCUCUUGCCAAAUGAAGCUCAACAUAAACCAGAGUUGCCAUCAAAAUCUCCGAAUUCUCCACAACCGAUUUUGAAAGCACACAGCUCGUCGCAGCCUCCCGAGUUUGACAGUGGAAUGGAUACCUUUGCUGUACAGGUCGACAAGCCUAAAUAUCAACCAAAUAAUGUUAAUGCUGUGCCUAAAGCCAUUCCUGUAAG